AUGCCAACAUCAAGUCAAUCUAAAAUUCUCUCUGUUAUUGAUUAUCAGUUGGGUCAACAACAGGCUACUGGUCAAGAUGAAGUAACAAAACCAACUGUUCAUAGUUCUGGUAGUAAAAUUCCAGGAAAUGAAUCAAAACGACGUUCUCACAAAGAUGAUCGUCGUGCAUCAAUAGAAAAUAAAAAUGAUGAAGAUAAUCAUUCUCCAUCACCUCCUAAUAUAACUGAUCGACGAUUAAGUUUCAGCAAAAAUACUGAUGGCUUACAAUCAGGACGAACAACUCAACGCAAUGAUCUACUAUAUGUACCUGUAAUAAAUCUUAAUAAUAUGGCACAAAAUCAACCACGAAUCACAUCAGGUUUCACUUAUGUAAAUGAUAAUCGACAAAGUCGAACAGUCAACACAAAUGAACGAACAAAACCUAUAUUAGUUGAUUCGACGAUACAAUCAUAUCAAUAUCGUCGAAAUUCAUUUAAUUCUGACAAUGAUGAUCAAAUUGAAAAUGAACAUAGAUCAAAACAAAUUAAAAAAUAUCCAACACCAAUAAGUGCUGAAGAAAAUAUAUCAUCUUCAUCAGAUGUUGAUCAAGAUAAUGAUAAUGGUGAUGAUGAUAAUUUAAAACGUGAACGUCGACCAAGUUUACUAAAUGAAAAUGCUCGUCGUUUACUUAUUUUGGGUACAAUACGUCCAUCAAAAACUUUUUAUAAAAAUUUAUCUGACGCUGAUGCUGAUCAUCUUAUGGAAUAUUUUCGUCGAAUGAAAAAUACACAUCAAAAAAUGACAUCAGACGAAAUACAUCAAGAAUUAACAACUAAAUUUGUUGAAUAUAAACCAAAAAUUUUUUUUGAUUCGGCUUCUGUAACAAAAAGUCAAGUAGUAAGUAUUGAAAAAAUCAUUGAAGAAUAUGCUGAUAAAAUUCGAACAAAUAAAGCUGAAUUUGUUAAAGUUGAAAAUCCAAUGCGCUUUGUUAUAAAACAAAUUGAUAAUGAUAAACCAUUAACAAUAAUACCACGUGAAUAUAAUGAUUGUUUUAUAACACUUGUUACUCGAUCAGAUCCAUUACGUAAAUCAGAUUUAAUUACUGAACUUGUUCAAGAUAAACUUUUAGCAGAUGUCAAAGCUAAUUCAUUAGACAUCAGUUAUUUUCCCGGUGGUAUUAAUUAUGAUGUACCACGUGAUGAAAUUGAUGAAAAUGGUCAAAUGAAUACAGAAAUAUAUCAAAAAUUAAAAAGCCGUCUAAAUAGUCGUAAAGUUUGGUAUUUUAAUGGACCACCAGAAAAAAAACCAAAUGCUUUAUUAGCUAUUCUUCCACCAGAUGUAACAAUUAAUAUUGAUCAUCAACGUUUAUUUGAUGCUCUUAUUGAACGUUUAAAAACUUCAGCAACAAAAGAAAACUAUAAUAUUGAACAACAGAUAUUAUCAAUUGAAUUUGUUCCAUUAAAUUGUAUAUUAAAUUCAAAUGAUAUAUCAAGUCAAUUUGUUAUUGAUUGCGAUACAAUUGAAACAAAACAACAAUUAAUGGAAAAACCAUUAAAAAUUGUUUUAAACAAGCAAUCAAUUAUUAUUGAAUUAUGUUCUUAUGAUGAAAAUAUGCAUAGAGAAUAUGAAAAAUUUGUUAAAUCAGAAAAAUAUCGUGAAUUAAUUAAAAAUCAUGAUACCGCUGUUAAACGAACAUCAAAAACAAAGUAG